CGCCACCCGGCCUCGGGGGCCCGAGGGGGCCUCGGGCUCUCGGCCCCGCAGGCCCCACCAACGCGGGCAGCCCCGGGGGGCUACGAGGGGCCCCAACGCAGGAAGAGAGAAAUGUAUCCACUCUAGCACUUGGAACAGUGCCUGACCAGACCUGACCUGUAAGCGCUGAACAGAUGCCGUCAUUUUCAUUAUCGUCAUGAACACGGGCAGUUCGACACCUAAAGGUUUCACGGUAGGACCGAACCCUAAAAAGGAAAGAAAGAGAGAAAAUCCAUUCGGCCCUCCCCCGUUAAUUUCAUCGCUCCAGUUCCCACUCCGAAUACUCUCUUCUAGCCUUUCCGGAGUGGGAAGGAGAUAUGGCUUUUGCAAAAAUUGAACCGGGAAGCGACGACGAGGACAAUUUCGAAGACGCCUUUGAAAAUAUCCCAGUAGCCACCACGAUGGAUCUUUCCACUGCCCUAGAAGAAAGCACGGUUGCACUGUGCUUAUUCCUAAAUAACCGAUUCUCAGAUGCUCUCAAUUUCCUUCGCCCGUGGUAUAAGCGAAGCAUGUAUCAUGCCACCGGCUACGGCUUCAUCUUAGUACUGCGGGCUCUCAUGACCUUUGAGACUCAAGACAUCCAGCAGGGGAUCGAGAUCAUGAAGGAGGCCAUGAAGACCUGUCAGAGCUUCAGGAGAAAAUCUUCGCUGGUCCAAACCCUGUCUCAUAUCAUCUUCAAACCGAAUAUGGAGUCCAUAGGAGAAGUGGAACUGCACGCCGAAAUCUGUUACGCCGAGUGUCUGCUCUUGAAAGCGGGCCUGGCAUUGAUAGAGGACGAAACCAUGCUGAGUUUUAUCAAAGGGGGCGUCAGCUUCGGGACGAGUUACCACAUCUAUAGAGACUGCCAAGAGGCCAUUCUGAAAAUCAAAAGUUUCCACCAGACCAAAGCCUUCAAACACCUGGAGAGAGGGGUGAAGUUUGGCAUCGGCGCAUUCAAUCUGUUGCUGUCCCUUUUACCCGAGAGCGCCCUUCGCUUGCUGAACUUCGUCGGCUACACCGGGGACAGAGAUUUAGGUCUCGCCCUGCUCCACCAAGGAGCGGUCGGGACCAGCGUCAGGGCCAUAAUGUGCAUCUUAACCUUACAGAUCUACUACAAUUACCUCUGUUUAAUUUUCGGGGUCGAGACCAACGAUUUCCACAGCUUAGAGGACCUCCUCACGCCCUAUCUCACCAAGUUCCCCAAGUGCGCCAUCCUUACGUUCUACGCGUCCAGGAUCGAAAUCAUGAAAGGGUUCUUCGGGACCGCCCAGGCGCGAUUGCAAGAAUGCAUCCUGUUGCAAGACGAAUGGAGGGAGAUCCAUCACCUCUGUUACUGGGAGCUGAUGUGGACCUACAUUUUUGAGCAAGACUGGCAUUACGCCUAUCACUACGUGGACCUACUUCACCAACAUAACAAGUGGUCCAAGUCGAUGUUCACCUUCCUCAAGGCUUCCAUUCUGUGUAUGCUUCCCGGCGACUUCGCCACAGCCAUGGGCGAGGACGUCAAAUCUCUGUUUAUGCAGGUGAGGACCCAGAAGCAAAAAAUCGGGGGGAAAACUCCCCCGACCGAUAAGUUUGCCGACGUCAAGUGCAGGCGCUAUUACAGUACCACCUCCUGGCACGUCGCCCAACCGAUCCUGGAGAUGAUGUACAUCUGGAGCGGUUUCCAAGUGAUAGCCAAGAGACUCGACUUGGUUGCCCGCUGGAUGCAGGUCAUCGAAACAGAGGAGGAGGUUCUACACGAGCGUCCCAACCUAGAGUACUUUAUGGAUGACCAGUGUUUGGUGAAGCUCCUGAAAGGUUGCUGCCUCAAGUAUCUGGACCGACUCUGGAAAGCCGAGCUGUGCUUCGAUCACGUCAUUCAAAAUGAGAAACUGUUGAAGUUCGAUCACUACCUGGUGCCCUACGCCUACUACGAACUGGGAAUACUGUUCCAUCAGAAAGGCGAUGAUGAGAAAGCACUCACGUACAUCGAGCAUGCCAAAACCUACCGAGACUUUGCCAUGGAGUCGAGGUUGCAGUUUAGGGUUCACACAGCCCUUCAGCGUAUAUGUGGGAAUCUAGCGAAGGAUGUGAAUCCGGACUUCUGAGCCACUUUCCUUAGCACGAGUGUAACGUUCACAAUAAAUAAGAUGCCGUUAGCAGGUGGGAAAAAAAAAA